CCCCCCCAACUCUCUAUCCUGCUCUCCCUCGCUUUUUGACGUCCCCACUCCCCACUUCCCGUCAGUAUGGCGCCCGCGUUUAAAUUCAACGGUCGAAAAUAAAGGAUACUCCCAAAGGUUGCUUUGCAGAGCGCAAGGGUCGUCCGCCCGCAUUCAUUCGUUGUCGUUUCUUGAGGAACGGUGCCCUUUCCGCUUGGACAUCCAGGGGUGCGAUUACGUGUUGAAAUCCGAGGAAGAGUCGGAAAGCGUCACAGGCUGUUUUGUAGAUACGCCAGGAACAAUGGAACCCUUCAUCCAGCGUAUGUUGGAACGUGCUAAAGCAAGGAGAGAGAAAUUAGAUGAACAAUUGUCAAAUGCCGGGCACGAUGUUAAAAAAAGGCGGAGUCCCCUGAAAAAUGCUAAUGCUUUAUUAGAACAAGCUACAGCAGCAAAUGAAAAUUUAGCCAAGUCACCAGUCAAAACAACUGCAACCAGUCCUGUUAAGUCUCCUCGCAAAUCUCCUGUAACUCCUAAAACUACUGCAUCUUUCAAUAAUAAACAAGAUAAUAAGGAAAAUGGUGAAUUUGAAACUAGCAACGUAAAAUCCAAGUUGCAGAGACUUGGAAAACUCUAUUCUGAUGAUAAUCUUGGAUUAAGUUCACCCAUACAUAGGACCGAAGAGAAAUUCACUGCAGAAGAAAAUAGUAUGGAUCAUAAACCAGCUAAGAAAGGGGCUAGAUUGGACAGAUUAGCGGCUUUAGCUUCUACAAUAAACAAUUGGGAGGAUGAUUUAUCGCAUCCAUCAUUAACCAAUCCAAAAAUCAAGCCAGUAAAUAGCAAAGCGGAAAAAAUACAAGCAAAGUUUAACGAACAAGUUAAAAAUGGAUCAGAGCCACAACCAAGCACAAGCAAAUGGGUCAGUGGAAGGAAAAGCAAAGAUUUAAGUCCUAGUAAGCAACUGAAAUGGGACAAGAACGUGUUAGAAAAUUUGGAGGCUCAAGGUUUUAGUCGUACAAAAAGCAAUUCUCGCCUUGUGUAUGACUAUAAGCAUUGUUCCCAGGAAUCAAAUGUGGUUACAAGUCGCUUAUCGCCUCACAAGUUUACGAAUUUUGCUCAUCAGCAAACGGAAAAGAAACGAUUUUCGUCCGAUAAAUCUGACGAUUCACCAAGAGACAAGAAAACGGAAAGUGACACUAGUGUGACCGCCAGUCCGGCUAACUCUUCUAAAAGCAAUGACAGUAAAGUUUCUAAUACUCCUGAAAGUGUUGUCAAAAGUGCGAAUACUAGUAGUAGUUCUCGAUUAGCGUCGAGAACGGUAUUUAACGGCUCGCCAAAGACUUUGGUUCAACCAUCAGGUUCGGUAUUAAGUAAAGCAUCGAUGUUCGAAGCCAAAAACGCAGAGAAGGCGAAAGAUCCUGCUCAAAUGUCGCUCGCUGAAAGAAUGGCGUUUUUCGAGCGAAAUAAAGGGGAAGCACCAUUAAUACCCAAAGCGCCACUUACAAUGUCGAUACCGCCUAAAAAGUUACAAGAAAAAGACAAGCCUACACAAUCAGGAUCUAAUAUAGACUCAUCUCCGUAUAAUCGCAAUGCCGACGUUCCAAGCAGAACAGUUCUUGAGCAACGUGCAAUGUUCGAACAAGGCAACAAUAGGAAUAAGGUAGAAGAAAUGGAGAAUCAUAUUUUACAAGCUACCUAUGCUGAGAGACAGCGUGAAUUAAGCAUGCUACGUUCGCGAUUUAAUGCCAAUAAGGAGGUUGCUCAUGCCGCCGCUCGAUCUUGCGUUCGAACGAGCGAAAGUAGCGAAGGAGGUGGCAAACCAUCAUCGCCGAAGAACUCGCCUAUAUGUCCGGUGAAACCGACUCCUGCUCCGGAUCAUAUUGCUCAGCCUCCGCCCCCACCACCGUUACCACAGCCAGAAAUUAUAUCGUAUCAUGUUAAAUCUUCUCCGGCAAAACGACAAGUUGUUGGAAGUCCACCCAAAAUUCAGUAUUCAAAUACAGUGUCAGAUAUUAAACGUAUCCGCGUAUGUCCUCCGAAACAGGGAUCCCUUUAUCCGAAUUUAUCCGAGAUUGAAGUUACAGAAAGCGAGAGCGAUACAGAAUACACUGUUGACAGUACCGAAGCUGUAACUGCUACUUUCGAUGAAAAGACUGAGACUGAAACUGAAACAGUCUCUGAGGCUGAUUAUUAUAUUCGACAUGAUGAAACUGAUCAGGAAACUGAAAGUGAUCAGGAAAGCACACAAAAUUCAUCUUUUGGGCGAACGAGUUUUGGACGCAGUAUCUUGCAUGCGCUUGACGAACGUUCGUUGUUUAACAAAAAGAGAUCUAUAGAACCGGAUCCAGAUAGCACUACAACAGAUAUUUCGGUACUCGAUGAAAUGGAUCAAUAUUUAGAUGAAUGUCUUGAUGAAGAAUUAUGUAAUGACAUAAGAGAGGAAGGUCCAACACCGCCUAAAGUAAACAAAAGUGGUGAAAGUCUGUCGAUGGAGUGCAAUAGUUUCAAAUAUCGUUCGCCUUUAAAAGAUAGACUAGAGGAUGGUAACAAACGCGUACCAUUAGUACGUACUGUUAGUGCAUAUAGACGACAACAAUCUCAAUUGGCUAAGGUUAAUAUAACUACGAGACAAGAAACAGGAUUAAAUUCAAUUUCUGCAGAGAAAUCCGAAGAUGAAUCGGUAUUGGUAGAAAAUAAAAUAAAAAAAUUAUUGGACGAAGUUGGAACACAACAAAAGAAGAUAGAAGAGGCUAGCAAAGCAUUAAAUUUAUGUCACUCCACUGUCGAGUUUAAUGGCUCCAGUGAACAUGUUGGAGGCGAAUGGGCUCUACUCAUUGCUACUCACAAACGUCAAGCUGCAUUGAAUGAAGUUCAAAGGCUGAAACGAGAAGGUACACUGAGACCUGUCAAGGCAGGUUCGCCAGAAGUGCAGGGAAGUGGAUCAUUAACUAUUUCUGCUAUUACGUUACCACUGAAGCAAGAAUAUUUCCGAAACAUGGGCAUGAAUACAUAUCUUCACUGUGUCUGUUUGAUGUAUUACUUAGGAGAAGUUGUCGCUACUCAAGCAGCGACUGCUGAGCCAGGCGAUUCGUGUAUUCGUUUCACUUCAUUGUUGAAAUUUGACAACUUGCAUAGCGAUUUUAAAAUUCUCGUUGAAGUAUAUACAUUUCAGACACAACCAAAAUAUUUACCACAUGAAAAGAAAUAUCAUAUCAGCCAUACCGUAAAAGUAAGUAUAAGAACACCCAAAGAAAAGAAUCAGUUUGUAAUACCGGAUAUACAGAGCCCAGCAGGUCCGACUGCAAUCAGGUCACCUUCAUUCGAAUUGUCUGGGACUGCGACAGUCACCCUUAAUGACAUAAAUCGCGAGCAAUUUACUUUACUCGGGAUUUCGUCGCAUUCUCCUUUAGAAGGACAGCUUCGAAUGCGUAUAUCACGUAAACUCUCGAUAUCGGUGGAGCAUCGCGGAUUUCUGACGCUUUACGAGGAUAUUUCGAAUUUGGGUGCUUGGCGUCGAAAAUGGUACUGGCUUAAAGACGCCAAACUUUAUUAUUGGAUGCAUCCCGAGGACGAACAUAAAAAAAGUCCAAUAGGAUAUCUUGACUUGGAGGGUGUAAUUACAAAGAAUGUACAAUUUAUAAAUCGUGAAAAAUGCGCUCGUCCCUUCACAUUUCUACUCGAGAUAUCGAGACCUGCGCAAUCUGGAGACGCUGAUAGUCUCAUUAUGAAGACGAAUGGAAUUGAAACCACAAUAGAACACUUUUUAUUAGCUGAUACGAGGGAAGAAGGAUUACAAUGGAUGUCAAAACUGAAUAAAACUCUAAGUUUAAUUAGAGCUUGGGGACCAUGCAAAAAUCCAAUUUAUAAAGUUUAAAUAUAGCUUUUUUUAUCUUCAACGUAUUCAUAUACGUUCAUAUCAAUUUGUGAUAGAAGACGUGCGUAUACAUUGAUGCGUGAUGCAUCACUUAAUGAAAAAUAUAGAAUAAAAUGUUUGAUCUAAAAUAUUUUACAACAAAAAAAAA